AUGGCCCAACGUGUUACUUUCAGAAGAAGAAACCCAUACAACACCAAGUCUAACAAGAUCAAGGUUGUUAAGACCCCAGGUGGUGCUUUGCGUAGUCAACACGUCAAGAAGUUGGCUACCAGACCAAAGUGUGGUGACACCGGUGUUCCAUUGCAAGGUGUCUCUACCUUGAGACCAAGACAAUACGCUACUGUCUCCAGAACCAAGAAGACCGUUUCCAGAGCCUACGGUGGUUCCAAGUCUGCUAACGCCGUCAAGGAAAGAAUCGUUAGAGCUUUCUUGAUCGAAGAACAAAAGAUCGUCAAGAGAGUUAUCAAGGAACAAACCGAAGCUGCCAAGAAGGCUGAAAAGAAGGAUGCUAAGAAGUCUAAGAAAUAA